AUGGGCUUUAUGCCUCACCAAACUAGGCAAUUGCAAGGCCUGAGGAUUUUGUCUGGUGGUAGAGAUGAUUUGAGGCCAUUGGCAAUGCUGGAGGAGAGUGUGAAGAGGCUCAAGAGCCCCAAGGCCUCACCAACUUAUGCAUUGAGUAAAGAGCAAGCUGAUGCAGCAUUUGGUCUCUUAGCUGAUUGGUUCUUCGAGGUCUGUGGAUCGGUGGCAUUUUCGAGCCUCGAACAUCCCAAGUUCACGGCUUUUCUUAAACAAGUCGGCUUACCUGAGGUGUCAAGACGGGAGCUUCUAUGCUCGAGGCUCGAUUCCAAGUUCGAGGAGGCUAGAAGGGCGUCCGAAGCAAGAAUCCGGGAUGCAGCUUUCUUUCAGGUUUCUUCUGAUGGAUGGAAGAGCCAAAUUUGCAUUGAAGGGGACAAGCGUCUGGUCAAAUUUAUGGUUAAUCUUCCUAAUGGAACCAGAGUCUUCCACAAGGUGGUCUACUCGAACGGUGGAGUAGUGCCAUCGCAGCAUGCGGAGGAGGUCUUGUGGGAGACCGUUGGAGAUAUUUGUGGUGGCAAUGCACAUAGAUGUGCAGGCAUCGUUUCAGAUAGGUACAAAGGGAAUGCAUUGAAAAGCUUAGAACUCCAGAAUAAUUGGAUGGUUAAUUUAUCUUGUCAGAUUCAGGGAUUCUGUAGUUUGAUCAAGGACUUCACUCGAGAGCUUCCACUAUUUGGGAGUGUAACCGAAAAGUGUAUGAAAAUCGCAAAUUUGAUUAACUCUCAACCGCAGGUUAGGAAUUCUUUCCUCAAGUAUAAGCUGCAAGGGGUUGAAGUUCCUGCCUUUAUUACAGUCCCCACUCCUAAAUGUGAUAUUUCUAAGAAUUCAGGUCCUUUUAUUGCCAUGUUGGAAGGUGUCCUAACAUGCUCACAAAUUCUUCAUUUGGUUGUGUUGGAUGACACAUUUAAAGUUGCUUGCUUAGAGGAUCUUGCUGCUGCAGAAGUGGCUGGUGUUGUUCAGGAUGUUGGAUUUUGGAAUGAAGUAGAGGCUGCUCAUUCAUUGAUAAAGUUGAUAAUGUCGAUGGCCGAAGAGGUCGAGGCACAGAGGCCUUUAGUUGGGCAAUGCCUUCCUCUUUGGGAGGAGAUGAGGUCUAAAAUCAAGGAGUGGUGCACCAAAUGCAAUGUAGCUGCGGGGCCUGUUGAGAGGAUAGUCGAGAGGCGGUUUAAGAAAAACUACCACCCUGCAUGGUCAGCUGCCUUCAUUCUUGAUCCGCAGUAUUUGGUUAGGGAUGCCAGUGGGAAGUACCUCCCCCCUUUCAAGUGCUUGACAGACGAGCAAGAGAAGGACGUUGAACAAUUCGUUACCCAUCUCGUUGCAGGGGAGGAGGCUCAUAUCGCGUUAAUGGAGCUUAUGAAGUGGAGAUCAGAAGGUUUGGAGCCACUGUAUGCUCAGGCAGUUCAGCUGAAGCAGCAGGAUCCUGUUACCGGGAAGAUGAAGAUUGCUAAUCCACAGAGUAGUAGGCUUGUGUGGGAAACUUGUCUUAAGGAAUUUAAAUCACUUAGUAAAGUUGCAGUGAGGCUUCUUUUCCUUCAGGCAACCUCAAGUGGGAUCAAGUGUGAUUGGUCAUUCACAAGAUUGUUAGGAGGAGCCUCAAGAUUAGGGUCUGAGAAGGUACAGAAGCUCAUUUUCGUCGCAGCUCAUGCGAAACUUGAGAGACAGGACUUCUCCAGUGUAGAAGAGAAUGAUGCAGAUAUUCUUAGAAGUGUGCAUGACGAGGAUGAAAUGCUUAAUGAGGUUCUUGCUCAUACGUCAUCAAUAUAA